AGGACUGUGAGCGGCUCACACCAGAGGAUGUGUGUGUGAAGCUGGAGGAUCACGAAGAAAGAAUUUCAGUUUUUAAAGAGGAGGAGUGCAAAGGGGUGACUGCUGCCAUUAAAGCUGAGGAUUUGAAUGAUUUCCCUGUUGGUCUUGAACCUCUAAAGCAUGAAACUGAGGAUAUUUACAAGCAAGAUGCCUGUGAAGAAUCUCCAUCCAGUUUACAGCCCUGGUCCACUAAUACGGGACGACUGGCUACACAGGAGAAUUCUGUAGAGCUGAAAUCAGAGUUAUCAGAGUCUGAAGAGAAAAUCACAGAGGGAAAUGGGAGAGAAGGAGAAGAGUCACCUGGGAGUGUUGGAAUAAAUUUACAGAAGAAUGGCAGUUUCUGUCCACCUUCAUUUGGUCAGCCCUCCCUACAAUACAAAGAGAAAGCUAUGAAGAAAUUAGCAACGGGAUCAGAGAGCCUGACAACAGACUUUUUGCAGUGCAGUUCUCUCCCUGCUUCUGGAGUAACACAGACUGAAGCCAUCAAAACUGAUCAACAGCAAGUGGAGAAGGAAAUCGAAAUUCACACUGGAAAAAAAUGUUGUUUGGAAUGCGGCAAACAAUUUACACACAAAAGUGAUCUUAAUAAGCAUAUGAAGAUUCACACUGGACAAAAAACAUAUUGUAAGGAAUGUGGUAAGUCGUUCUCAACGAGAAGCAGUCUUCAAAGACACAGAAGAAUCCACACAGGAGAAAACACUCAUUGCUGUCCAGAAUGUGGUAAUUCAUUCUCACAAAGAAGUCAUCUUCAGAGGCACAGAAGAAUCCACACAAGUGAAAAACCUCAUUGCUGUUCAGAUUGUGGUAAAUCGUUCUCACAAAUAAGCAAUCUUCAAAGACACAGAAGAAUCCACACAGGAGAAAAACCUCAUUGUUGUUCAGAUUGUGGUAAGUCGUUCUCCAGUAGAAACCAUCUUCAGAGGCACAGAAGAAGCCACACAGGAGAAAAACCUUAUUGUUGUCCGGAAUGUGGCAAACAAUAUUCUGACAAACUCACUUUUCAAAGGCACACAGAAAUUGAUACUGGAGAGAAACCAUAUUGUUGUUCUCAAUGUGGAAAAAUGUUUUUCAACAGUAGGUGUUUUCGAGUUCACACACAAACUCACCCUGAAGAGAAAAUGCAGUAUAUCUGUUCUGAAUGUGGCAAAUGUUACGCAAGCAAGAAAAGUCUUUAUAGACACACCAAAAUCCAUACUGGAGAAAAAUAUUUUUGAUGUUUAAAAUGUGGGAAACGAUUCUUAGAUUUAAGCACACUUCAGUGCCACAUUAGAACUCAUAAUUGAGAGAAGCCUUAUUGUUGUCCUCUAUGUGAUAAGCAGUUCUUACAACAAAGCACCCUAAAGAGUCACAUCAGACUUCACACCAGAAAGAAACCUCACCAAUGCUUGGAAUGUGGCAAACAAUUCUCAAAACUCAGUUCUCUUUAAAAUCAUAGAAGUUAUAUUAAAGAGAAAUAUUACAGUUGAACUGAUUGUAGAAUGUUAUUCUCAUUAAGUCUAUUAAGAAACAAAGCCAUUCUGACUGUGGCAAGCUUUUCUCAGACAGCAGGACUCCUAAAGAUCACAUGAGAAUUCAGUCUGGAGAGAAUCCUUAUUGCUGGCCAGAGUGUGGCAAUCGAUUCUCACGUCAAACACACUUAGGCGCCACAGAAGAAUCCACACUGGAGAGAAGCAGUACACCUGUUCUAAAUGUGGUAAAGGGUACUCUUCCAGAAGAAGUUUUCGUAGACACACACAAAGUCAUUUUUAAGUAAAGCCUGUCCUAGAAUUGACAAAUGAUCUUUCCAUUGAAUUAUCAGGCAAAAAAAAUAAUAAUGAAGACAAAUCUUCUGAAUGCAGUAAUGAACUCAAGUUGAAAGUAAUUAAUAAAUACAUAAGAAUAGUGGAGAAAACGCUGAAAGUGUCAAACAGAUCCUAGAUGUAAGGUAACCUCAGAGCCACAUAUGAAUUCACACUGGAAUGAACACACUGGAAUACAACACACAUUUUAAAAACAGGAAGAAUCUUCUUCAACAACUUAAAGGUGCAAGAAAAAACUCAUUGUUGUCCUAAAUGUGGUUAACGAUUUUUAGACAGCAGUGGUCUUCAUAUUCAUACAAGGACUUUCUUACUUGUGGUAAGCCUCUUAGCUACUCUGAAUGUUGAAAGUGGUCCUCCUCUAUCAGCUGACAUCAGCAACAUGUAAGAUUUCAUGAAGAACUCUGAAACUUACUGCCAGUAUGUCAUCCAUACAGGGACUGAUCAUCUCUGCACCAGUGCUGUGACAUAAGAUUGUGAACAAUACAAACACCAGACAAGAGAAUGAGGUAGCAACAGAACAGUACUGUGCGGUGAUGACAACUUCAACCCCAGAGCACAACUGAAAAAGUUCAAUGUAGUAAUAAAAAAAUGGAGAAAUCAAAACAAAUGCACAGUGCAGUGCCAACUACCAGGAAGUGCCACUGACAACAAGGGGAAUAUUUUUGUUUUGGAGCUGUGGAGAUGGGGCCUUAUCUGAGUGGCAAUGAACUUGUACCAUCUCUGGGAUGUCAUCUGAUGGCUGACGCCUGGGCUGAGUGGAGACAGCCGUUCUUAACCCUGAUAAUGAAGAAGUCAUUUAGUGACGUCAGCUGACAGCCAAUGCUGUCCAAUCAGAUACUGGGGAGGGACAGUCGAGGAGGACAGGAGACUAAAAAGAGAGCCGUCACAUGUCAGACCAAUGUAGAGGGGCUUUAUAAGACUUUUACACUGAUUUAGGUCAUCAUUUAUAAAUGAUAAGAGUCUUUACAAACCAAACACAUUCAUCAGCUGUGUGUCAAGGGUGAGUCCAAAAGUGGGAAUUUAAGAAGAUCUCAAUACAAAUAAAAUUAAACAUUCAGGGUUCAAAGAGAAAUGUUUAAGACCUGAAGAGGACAUUACAACAGCAUGCUAGGGUUAGCAAGGGGGGCAACAGUGAAGAAUAUCAAUGAAUGUGUAAAAGGAACAUUAUUUAAAAUAAUAAUGUUAAUUUUAUGAAAAAUGGGACACCAUAAUAAAUGCACAACACAAUGAAAAUGAAAUGAACUGAUUUUAUUGUCUGACAUAUAAGAGAAAAAGUAAAGACAAAGCAGAAACACACAGGGAUCUCUGCUGACCCAGCUGUUAAUUUGAUAAAUUAACCUAAAAAUAUAACGGAUGUCACUUUGCUCCAUGUCAGUAUAUCCUGGGUGGUGUGUGAAGGACGCUCUAUACUCCGAAUGUGUUGGUUCAGGUUUCAGUUUCACUUCAGCAUCUUCUUCAUAUCGAUACCUAAGACAACGUUUCUUCACAUCGAGACUACAAGCUGGAGGCCACAGGAGCUCAAUAAACUCCAACAGCAGGAUGGACGAUUAGAAAGCUCUGCUCUGAGAGAGUGUCAGCUACACAAAGAUUCAGCUUCAUUUACUUGACAGAAAACUCCAAAAAGCAGAAGUGGCCCCUUCUGUACCCCCACCACUGAAGGUCACAUUUGACCCCCUCACUACUCGGUGUUGGUUCACUCUGCUUGGACUUUCUGUAUUUUUGUAAGUUUAAGUUUCAUUUUUUGGCCACACUCUUUUUACAUUUCAUGUCAUUGAUGUUCUCAAAUGUGUGAGUAUAGCUUGACUCUUACAAGGACUUAUCUAAAAAGGGUACAUUGGCCAUGAAAUGAAAGAAGGCAGAAAAAUAUAAAAGGUGGAAACCACAAAAUGAAGAGGUGACACCAAUGAAAUACUCUCAGUGGCAGAGGUGACGAGGACAAAAUCAGAAAAGACAUCACAGAAAAGGCAGGUACCAACUGAAAACAAAAGAAGAAAGCUGAUUGGUGGGAAGAACUGUCAGUCACUCCUGAGUGGACUGUUGAGGACACACGUGACAUGCAGAUUUCAAAGUUUAUGUGUCUUUGAUUUCAAAUCUGUGACCAUGCACUGAAUAAGUCUGUUAUUUAUCAGUUAGCAUGUUCUGAAACUGUAAUGUCAUCACAAAGAUCACACAAACAUGUAAUGUGGCGUUUGUGAUCAAUCACUUUUGUUGAUUUUUAUGACACCAUUCAUCAGCCCUGUAUAGAGUGACACUUCCAGAGCGGCAACCCCACUGCACCCCGUAGCACAUUUGGAGUUUGGGACUGGAGCACAAAGUGGAUGGCACUCUGAGAAGGACAGACUUGUAAGACGUGAACAAAGCCAGCUGCCCUCCCUGGUCUGUCUUCAUUCAGAAGGACUCACCUGAGUGGUGGGAUUGUUCUGCGGCGCUCCUGUUGGCCGACAUUUCAUCAGCUUGCUUUCUGUGUUUCAUCAGAUAACCAGCAGAGUUAAUCCAAGAUGAGCCAGGCCUGUUACAAUGUGAACGUUCUUGACAUUUUGGUUUGCUUUAAAUAUUUUUUUCUGCUUCUUUACUUUGAGUUCUUGUAGGCCUUGUACAUGAGAGAUUAUUAAUACAUGAGCAUUUGGUGUUAGUAAUGAAUUGACAAUUAAUAAACUGUUUUUAUUGCUA